CAUCGAUACAUGAACGUCGGCAUCUAACGUCAUGCCCUCGUCAUAGAAUCGAUGCAUAAAUAGACCUACAUAGCACGAAUAAUUUCUAAUCAGAAGUUCACUUUCGACGCGAGCUGAUCGUUGAGCAAUCAUCUGUGAAAUUGUCCGUUAAGUUAACGAAUGGCAGUUGUACCUUUCACCGGUUUGGAUUCCAUGCUGGAUCCGUUUGAGUCGUCUGAUCCGUUCGAUGUUUUCGACCCAUUCGAAUCGUUUGAACCGCUCCAAACGUACGAACCGUUGUACGAGCCUUACAGGUACACCAGGUAUCGUCAUCACGUGAGGCGGUCAAGGCGGCGAACGGUGAGGACAACGGUGCGUCGAAUGGAUCGUGAACUUGGAAAACUGGUAUCGGCUAUCAAGGAAGACGAUAAAUCAUUUCAGGUCAUGGUGGACGUCACGGACUUUGAGCCCGAUGAAAUCAUGGUGAAAACUACCGAUAAAGACAUCAUUGUUCACGCCAAACAUGAUGAGCGCAAAGAUCCAAAUGGCAGUAUUUCGCGGGAGUUCCGCCGUCGGAUUACGAUUCCUCCAGGUGUCAAGCAAGAGUCCAUAACGUCCACAAUGUCGCCUGAAGGCCUCUUGACUAUUAUGGCUCCAAAAACGACUUCAGAAGGUUCCAGUGAGCGAGUUAUCCCAAUAACAAUGGCACCUGCAGUUGGAGCCAUCAAUCCACCACCAGCUAAAGGAAAUUAGAUGGCAGUAAAGCUACCAAUUCGGAAAAAUGAAGAAUAAAAAUUUAUUCACAAUUUAAAUGACUUUUUUUUCUCGCGUUGUUGCUAAUCGUACCUUGUGUUCGAUGUCGCCCGUACUAUGUCCUACGUUAACCUAGAGCUUGCAAUACAAAUAGUCUUGCAUUCACAA